CUUCUCUAGUUCUGUCUCUCUCUGGAACAGCGGGAGGACAGUCAUGGAAAUGCAAGUGGUUAACGCCAUGAAUUAUGAACAGUUUGUUGAUGUGUUUGGGAAUGUGAUUGAGAAGUGUCCUCUCAUUGCAGCUGCAGUUUGGACAAAGCGUCCCUUUCCGAGUGUGAGCGCUUUGGAAAAAAGAUUUGGAGAUUUUAUAGAUUCCUUGCCUCGGUCAGGGAAGGAGGGAAUUCUACGAUGUCACCCAGACCUGGCUGGGAGAGAUCUACUCAGAGGAACACUCUCUGCUGAAUCCCAGGCUGAGCAGAACCGAGCUGGGUUAACCACCCUCACUGCCAGCCAGAGAUUCCAGCUGACUGAGCUAAAUGCUGCUUACAAGAACAAAUUCCACUUCCCGUUUGUGAUCUGUGCCAGGAUGAACGACCGAGAAAGCAUAAUGAACCAGCUGAGCAGCAGGAUCCACAACAGCCCAGAGCAGGAGCUGCAGAUCAGUAUUAAAGAGGUUUUAAAAAUCUGUCACCUCCGUCUUUUAGAUAUCAUUAGUCCAGUUGCCCACACCACCAAACUUUAAUAAGAAGGCAGGAAUUACCAUUUCGAGUCUGGUGACUCUUCAUCAAAACAAAGGGAAGAUACGAGGAAUUCACUGAAAUAGAUGGUCAACUCCAAAGGAGAUGUGUAAAACAUCUUACAGAAUGCAAAUUAAAUAAAUCACUCUGCGAUCGCAAUAAAUGCAACAAAACUAGAA